UUCAAUAUGGCCUCCGGUGACACUGCACUGUGGCUUCAUAAUAAACUAGGAUCGACGGACGAUUUGUGGUCAGGACGUACAAUAUGCUCGCAACUCAGCAAGGAACGUUUGUUAAGUAUCCUGGAAUGUUUCCAUACACUUCAGCCGCAUGUCAAGGUCAAGCUCAUGCUGUCUUUCCUUCACGUUCCACGGCGAAACACAGAAGUGUGGAAACGGGAAAUGGAUGAGAUUCUGCACAUGGCCAUGAUGGACACCGAUCCAUGGGUGUGCAUGGUGGCAGAGAUUCUGCAGACCUUCCCAGCUACAGGCUCACUGAACACGGCCUUGGAGGAGAACAGUCAGACAUUUGCAGAGGUCUUAACUGACCUCAAGAAGAGUGAAAGUCAGGCGGAUGUUCGCAUGCUGCCCAUUGAAUGCCAGUUCCUCAACAAGACGGCGCUGUCGAACACUGCUGGCCAGCCUCCGCAGCCUGUCAAACACUUCGCUCUCAAGAGAAAACCCAAGUCGGCUACGCUUCGAGCUGAACUUCUUCAGAAGUCAUCAGAGGCAGCUGCCAACAAGAAGAACAAUGUACCUAAUUCUGUGCCCAUCAAGAUCAGGAGUUUUGCCAAGAAGAUGGAUGAUUCAACUCCACUGAAAGGCUUACCAGGAAGGAGUCCGACUACUCCAGCGUUCCGGGCGGCAGGGGCAGGAUUCGGGAGGAUUAACAACACGCCUCUCAGUACUCCCCCUCUCAGCAGCAGGUCCAACUCCGCUCGGAGGGAGGGCAAGAUAAAGUUCUUGGACCUGGAUCAAGUACCAGUUGGUUCCAAGGAAGCCAAGCGGAGAAAGAAGAUGGCUGAAAUUGAGGCUAUUGAGCUGCAGAAGAAGGAGAAAGAGGCAGCAGCAUCCUCAGCAGCAUCGGCAACAACUACGACUGCAGUGACAUCUUACACUCCCGACUAUGCUGCAGGUCUUGUACCUCCAGCAACACCGAAAAUGCCCACCCCAGCUGUUGGAACCAGCACAUCAACACUGCCCACCCCACCCCAGCCUAUGUUCCCACAGCAAGCAGUAGACUCCCAACACAGCCUGCUGCUGUCACCACGGCUGCCACAGUAUGCAACUAAUACAACAGCCCACCAAACAUCGGUCACCCUGUCAGCCUCGACACAGCAGGCCAGACAAAACCUUCAGCAACAACUGCAGCAACAGCUUGGCCAGUCACAGAUCAGGACACAGAUGAUCGUCACCCAGCAACCAGGCAGCCAAUCACAGACAGUGAUACUGCAGCCUCAAACAACCCUGCAGCAGGUAGUCACACAGCAACAAACAGCUGUGCUGGCAACAACUCCACUACAGCAGCCGCAACAGCAGCAGCAACAACAGCAACCUGCUCUACUCCAGCAGUCUGUACAGGUGACAACAACGCCGCAAGCACAGACAGCUGUCGCAGCACCAGCCAAGAAAGGCCUUUCACUCACAAGAGAACAAAUGCUUGAAGCACAGGAGAUGUUUAAGACAUCGAACAAAGUCACUCGGCCAGAGAAGGCCCUCAUCCUUGGUUUUAUGGCAGGGUCAAGAGACAACCCCUGCCCACAGCAGGGCGACAUCCUCAACAUCCGACUCAGUGAAACAGAGGAGACUGUACAACAGACUGACGGUGUCCAGAGGAAGAUGAUAGCGGACACCUACUUCCAAAUGAACUAUUCCACUGGAGAGUGGAAGCGCUUUAAGAAAUUCCGGGAGUUGGGAGCCUCCUAGUACACAACCAACCCAUUGUUAAAUGGGUGUGCGUGACUUGGUGGGGAAUACAUGUGAUAGCUUGGAUCAAACGGGGAAUACAUGUGAUAGUUCUCGAGCCUGUUCACUGAAGGAAUCAACACUAGCAAUGUCGGCAUGUUCAGGGUUGGAGCUUGUUCAGUAGGAACUUAUCCUGGAUAGUCUGUUUACAUUUCAGGCAUGUUCAGGAUACAUGUCUGUAUAAGUUUGGAGCUUGUUCGAGUGGGAGCUCUUGCUCAGAUUAGGAACUUAUCCUGGAUAGUCUGUUCCCAUUUCAGGCAUGUUCAACACUGUUUAGGAUAGGAACUUGUUCAAGAUAGAAGAUUUGGACCUUGUCUGAAAUAAAGUUAGCUGAAGAGCCAGUUUGGGUGGGAGCCUAGCCAUCUAUUUUAUAGUUGAAACCUUUUCCAGUUGAAGGCUUGUACAUAUGGAUAGCCUCUGAUACUGUGACCAAUCUCUGAGCUGGUCACUGCUGGAACUAGGAUACUGGGAUUGAGAGCAGGUGCUUGGAGAAUGGGGGCCUGGAUGAAUGACCAAAGUUUAUAUUUUAUCAUGCAAAGUCUAAAUGCUUGCAACCUGCCUUUGUGUAUGUAUUUUUCACAUCAUGAGAACAUAUACAUGUAUGUUUACCAUCCAUCAUCGAUUCUAUGGGCCAUACACAAGCUGUGCUACUCAACCUGAUGGCCAGAGGACUGAUAAAUGGGAAAGACCUAACGUUUAAUCUCAAUGCCUGUCAACAUGCAGUGUGAUGUUAGAAAAUCUCAAGCUGUCAGCCAACGUCAUCAUCACUUAAAGCCACCAAGCUGUAGUAUUGUGUAUGUUUGCAACUGCAUGUAUAAAUAGUGUUCCCGAUCUUGGACACUUACUACUUGUCAUUCAAAAUGGCUAUUCAAAUUUUUCCAAAUUUUUAAAGGAAUACAAGGAUAUCUCAUAAAACUCACUAAAUUCAUGAACAUAUCCCAUUUCCACGUAACUCCAACUUACUGAGAGGGAGACUAAUGAUUAUACUUAUUGUUUGACUGUUGAUUUUGUGGUAAUGAUGUUAAAUUAUGUAUGGAAGAAUUGUCAUGUUAAGUUAUAUCAUCCCAAUCUCUACAGUAUGGACAUACUUGCUGCAUUAGUGUUAGAAGCUGCCGACUUCUCUCAUGUAGUUCCUGGUCCCUCUGUGGACUGUUAAACAUAAAACACUCCCCUGCAUCAGGAUGGCCCUGUGGUCUGAAGAACUCAAGUACACGUUGAGAGUUUUACAUAAUGGUGCCAUGAAUGGUAUCAUCAAAGGAAAGAAACCCAGAUUCAGCCUGAUUAUCAUCCUUGUUUGUUAGAACCACACCCAAGCUAGUGGAUGCCACCAAGUGGUUGAUAACUAAGCCAAGCAGCACUCCAGGCUUUCCUCCUACAGCUUGCCCUGAUUUAACUGAAAUACCGUUCCAGGUGGGAUUAAACCAAACUCACUCACUCACUGUUGGUUUGUCAGUGCCCUAACCGUCAUAUUGGGUGUCUCCUAAGUGGGAGGUAGGUAGCCUAGUGGUUAAAGCAUUCGCUCGUCACGCCGAAGACCCGGGUUUGGUUCCCAGAUGGGUACAACUUGUGAAGCCCAUUUCUGGUGUCCCCAGCCAUGAUGUUGCUGAAAUAUUGCUACAAGCGUAGUCCAAACUCAUUGUGUAGUAUGUCUCCUGAGUGGAAAAUGUCUUUUGGCAUAAGUCUCAUGGGCAGAAACACACAGAUAUACCAGAAAUACAGUUUGAAGCACGGUGAUUCGCUGUACACAAUCAUUCUCAAAAUUGUUUUUUCCAUCAUGGGCAGGCUGAAAUGGUCGGAAUACAAUUAUGGUUUGGCUUUUUGGUGUCAGGAUGUUUAGAUUCACAUGCUAGAUUUGUAUAUUAUUUCUUGUGUACCUUGCCAAC